CCCCUCGAGCGUACGAGGGCUCGAAGCUGGAGUGGGGCCACCCUGGGAAGAAUCAGGACCCCCUGCCCAACACUUCCCUCCCACUCUCGGCGGGGUUGACACUCCCUCAGCCCCGAGAGGUCUCCAAGGCGGCUGUCUCAUUGGAUCUUUCAGGCAAAGGGGCGAGUUCGCUGUUCCUAUUUGACAGAUGGGCAAACUAUGGCGGAAAGGCCGAGACUUGCCCAGGAACAAACAGCUAGUGAAGGGCAGAUCAGAAUUUGAUUCCAGGUCUCCUGCCACCCUCUGACCCAGGCCCGGGCACAGGGCUUCCCAUCCCACACCCCCCAGACAGCCUGCCAUCUCUCAGGAGGAAGGAGGAGUUUCCCACCUCUGCCAGGCCUCUGAAGGCAGCCUUCUCCAUGGGUGAGCCAUGAGCUGCCAGAUCCUGUUGCUCCUGGCCGUGAUGACCCUGAGCCUGGCUAUCUCCCAACACCGUGAGAAGAUGCCCUGUAGGAUGGUGAACAAGGAAGUCUUGUGCCAGGGCCUUGGCCUGCCCCAGGUCCCCUCAAUGCUUCCGCUGGACAUUGAGGUGCUCAAUCUGUCUGGCAACCAGCUGCGGAGCAUCUUGGCCUCACCCCUGGUCUUCUACACAGCACUUCGCCAUCUGGACCUGAGUACCAAUGAGAUCAGCUUUGUGCAGCCAGGUGUCUUCCAGGCCCUGCCCCACCUGGAGCACCUAAACCUGGCCCACAACCACCUUGCAGUGGGCACUGGGCUGGGCCCCCUGCUGCACAUGACCUCCUUGGACCUGUCUGGAAACAGCCUGUACAAUGGCCUGGUAGAGAGGCUGCUGGGGGAGGCGCCUGCCCUGCGCACGCUCUCACUGGCGGAGAACAGCCUGACACACCUUGCCCGCCGUACCUUCCGGGGCAUGCCUGCGCUCGAGCGGCUGGACCUACAUAGCAACGUGCUGAUGGACAUUGAGGAGGGCGCGUUUGAGGCACUGCCCCACCUGGCCCACCUCAAUCUCUCCAGGAAUUCCCUCACCUGCAUCUCUGACUUCAGCCUUCAGCAGCUGCAGGUGCUUGACCUGAGCUGCAACAGCAUUGAGGCCUUCCAGACGGCCCCAGAACCACGGGCCGAUUACCAGCUCACCUGGCUCGACCUGCGGGAGAAUAAACUGCUCCAUUUCCCUGACCUGGCUGCACUCCCUAGACUCAGCUACCUGAAUGUGUCCAACAACCUCAUUCGGCUCCCUGUGGGACCACCCCGGGGCAGCAAGGGUGUGCACGCGCCUUCUGAGGGCUGGUCAGCUCUGCCUCUCUCAAACCCCAGCUGGAACACUAGCACACACCCCCUUUCCCAGCUUCUGAACCUGGAUUUGAGCUACAAUGAGAUUGAGCACAUCCCUGAGGGCUUUCUUGAGCCUCUGACCUCCUUGCGCUUCCUGAACCUCAGCCGAAACUGCAUGCGGGCCUUUGAAGCCAGGCAUGUGGGCUCCCUGCCCUGCCUGGUGCUCCUGGACUUAAGCCACAAUGCGCUGCAGGCACUGGAGCUGGGCGCCAGAGCCCUGGGGGCCCUACGGACGCUGCUUCUACAGGGUAACACCCUUCAGGGCCUGCCCCCAUACACCUUUGCCAACCUGGCUAGCCUGCAGAAACUCAACUUGCAGGGAAACCAGGUCAACCCCUGUGGGGGGCCAGGGGAGCCUGCACCCUCGGGCUGUGUUGCCUUCUCUCGCAUGUCCUCCCUCCGCAUCCUGAAUCUGGUGGACAAUGCAAUAGAGAAGCUCAGGGCAGGUGCUUUCCUCCACACACCACUUACUGAGCUGCACCUCUCUGCCAACCCUGGGCUGGAUGUGACCACGGGGGCCCUGGCCGGCCUGGAGACCUCCUUGGAGGUCCUGGAGCUGCAGGGCAAUGGGCUGACCAUCCUGCAGGUGGACCUACCCUGCUUCAGCUGCCUCAAGGAGCUCAAUCUCGCUGAGAACCGCCUCAGCCACCUGCCUGCCUGGACCCAAGCCGUGUCACUGGAAGUGCUGGACCUGAGGAACAACAGCUUCAGCCUCCUGCCAGGCAGUGCCAUGGGCGGCCUGGAGACCAGCCUCCGGCGCCUCUACCUGCAGGGGAAUCCACUCAGCUGCUGCGGGAACGGCUGGCUGGCGGCGCAGCUACACCAGGGCCGUGUGGAUGUGGAUGCCACCCAGGACCUGAUCUGCCGCUUUGGCUCCCAGGAGGAGGUGUCCCUGAGCCAUGUGCGUCCCGAGGACUGUGAGAAGGGGGGGCUCAAGAACGUCAACCUCAUCAUCAUCCUCACCUUCGCACUGGUCUCUGCCAUCCUCCUCACUACGCUGGCCACCUGUUGCUAUUUCCGCCGGCAUACGUUUAACCAACAGUACAAAGCCUAGAGAAGCCAGGGGACUGUAGAACAGCCCGGCUGGGAGGCCCUUCCAGGUCAGCUGGUGAGCUGGAGGCACAGAGGAGGAUAGGGACUGACCCAAGGGCACGCAGUGAGCAAGGGACAAGAACCCUCGUCUACAAAUUCUAGCCCAGGGCUCCUUUCCCUGCAAUCCACUGCAUCAGAAGGUGGUCCACUUCCUGGUUCAUAAAUGUGGUCCAGCUGUGGAAGCCAGAAGUUGGGCAGUCUUGGAAGUGGCAGAGAAUAAUGUUUGCCCAUAUGAUCAACAAAUCUUUGCCAAGCAUCUUUUUUGUGCCCUGGGCACUGAGGACAUGGGUGAAUGAGACACAGUCCCUGCCCUCAAGCAUCUCCCAGUCUGGUGGGGGAGGUUUUCACAGAGCCUGGCAGUGACCUCACAGUGUGAUCAGGGCUAUGAGGUGUAGAAACCCGGGGCCGUGGGGCCCUGGGGAGAACCAAAGUUCUGCAGCUCCAGCUGGUCUGGUGUGGGGAGCCCUGUCCUGGCCGUGCCAGGGCCAGGGAAGGGCAGGACCAAGAGCCUUUGCCUGAGACAUUUCCAAGCAGACUAUUUGUCACAUCUUCUGAUAAUGACUUUCAGCCUCUCUGGAAAGUGAAGAGUUUGUGGCCGGAAGAGAGAGCUGGAGCCACAUGAGUACAUCUUGGAUCCGGUGCCAUUGGCCGGGCUGUGCAGCUCCAUCUGGUUAAGAGGCUGUCACCCUGGGCUCCAGCUUAGCACUGGACCAUUUUAUUUCCGGUUCUGGACAGGCUCUCUCUCUCUACCCAGCAGUCUCAUGUUGCACACACUGACCCCCUCCACCCCCUGCCCAGGCCCCCUUCUGUAUCAUAUCACCCUGGCUGCCCUCUGAAGGCAUUUUACAAAAGAGGAAACCAAGGCUCCAAAAGUCUCCAUCCAGGAACCCACAGCUAAGAAAUGCCAAAACUGAUAUUCAAACCCACAUCCUUCUGACUCCAGAGCCUGUGCUUCCGCACUGCACACACAGGGGCUAUGGGCUGUGGGGUGGCCAGGAAGUGAGUCCCACAUGGCACGAGCAUGGCCUGGGCACAUCCUCUGCUGCUCAUGCCCACCUGCUCCUUUCCCUCCUCUCUCCCAGGCAGUCAGGGAAAAGACAGGCAGCUGCAGCCCCUCUCCUCCUUUUGUGCCUCAGUUCCCCUUCUUUCCUUCUUUGUACCCUGGUCUGGGUUCUCCUUUCUCUCUUCUUGCUCUCAUAUUCUCUUGUUCCCUCUUCCUCCAUUGAUCAUAGUCUGGAGUUUGAAACCAUUGAGUUCAACCUCCCGGAUGCGCAGAUAGGGAAAUUGAGGCUUAAGAAGAGAAUAGGACUUGCUCAGAGCUGUCCAGCAAGUGGAUUCAGGAUUGGUUGGUGGGUGGAUUGGUGGGGGGAGGAGGGCUGGAUCUCUGUGGAUUCCUUCUCCCUCAGUUAUCACGUCACGCGGUAAUUAUCGUUGAUGUUGUUGUUAGGUGCCAAGGAGUCAGCUCCAACUCGUAGUGAGUGAGAUGUUGCCUGGUCCUGCACUAUCUUCACAAUCGUUGCUAUGUUUGCGCCCAUUGUUGGCAACCACUGUGUCAGUCCCUCUCAUUGAGGGUCUUCUUCUUUUUCUCUGAUGCUCUACUUCACCAAGCCUGAUGUCCAGUGGUUGGUCUCUCCUGAUGACGUGUGUCCAAAGUAAGUGAGACAAAGUCUCACCAUCCUUGCUUCUAAGGGGCGUCCUAGCUGCACUUCCUCCAAGGCAGAUUGGUUUGUUCUCCUGGCAGUCCAUGGUAUAUUCAGUAUUCUCUGCCAACACCACAGUUCAACCGUGCCAACUCUUCUUUGAUCUUCCUCUUUCGUGGUGCAGCUUUCCCAUGCAUAUGUUGUUGUUGUUAGGUGCCGUGGGGUCCUUUCCAACUCACGGUGACCCCAUGUGACAGAGUAGAACUGCACCGUAGGAUUUUCUUGGCUAUAAUCUUUAGGGUUGUUAUGAGCCGGAAUUGAUUCGCCAGCGUUAAGUUCGGGUUUUGGUUUAAUCUUUACAGAAGCAGAUCUCAAGGUCUUUCUUCCAGAGAGUUGCAGGGUGGGUUCAAACCGCCAACCUUUCGGUUAACAGUCAAGCACUUAACCAUUUGUGCCAGCUGGGCCCCUGCACACAUGUGAGGCAACUGAUAAGACCAUUGCUUGAGUCAGGCACACUUCAGUCAUCAGAGUGACAUCUUUGCUUCUUAACACUUUAAAGAGAUCUUUUGCCGAAGAUUUGCCCAAAGUAAUACGUCGUUAGAUUUCUCGACUGCUGCUUCAGUUCCUUUGCCGUUUAUCAUGAUGUUGCUUAUUGGUCCAGUUGUAAGGAUUUUCCUUUUCUUUAAGUUCAAAUGUAAUCUAUACUGAAGGCUGUAGUAAUGCCAGCUUUGUCCUCAUCAGGCAGGGGUAUUUUUUCCCUUGAAAAAUGGGUAGAAAGAGCCACCCAGAUAACCCUCAUCCCUCAUACCCAGGGAAUCCCAGCCUUGGCUGGGAUCAGGACCGCAGGUGCUUACUCACACACUCUUCCACGGGCCUAGAGGAGAAGGUGCUGGCCCCUUCAGCCUGAUUUCUGAAAACACUACACGAUGCUGCUCUCACCUCCCAGGACCCAAGCCACAGCCUGGGCCUCGGGAUCAGCUCUUUGUAUAACCCACAUGAAUGUAUUAAAAAAUAAUUCUGGAGAAACA